CCAUUUUUGGUAUAAUUAAUGGCCACCAAGUCUAAAAUUUGAAGCAAAUCCCUUCCUAGUAACCAUCUAAAGAGGAAAGCUAGCAAUAGCAUGGAAGUGGUGGGUUUUGACAAAGAGGGUGCAGGCUAUGACAGAGCCAAGGAAGUGAAGGAGUUUGAAGAUACCAAAGCAGGAGUGAAAGGACUCGUAGAUUUUGGUAUUCUCAAGCUUCCCAGAUUCCUCAUCCAUCCACCAGAAUCUCUUCCAUCAUCACCAACAUCUUCCAACAACACAACUUCAACCUUGCAGGUUCCUGUGAUAGAUUUCACAGGAUAUGAUGAUGAUGAUGAUGAUGAUGAUGAAAGUUGUUGUCGCAGGUUAAAGAUAGUGAGAGAGAUUCGCGAGGCAUCAGAAAAGUGGGGGUUCUUUCAGAUGGUGAAUCAUGGUGUUCCAGUUAGUGUCAUGGAUGAGAUGCUAAGGGUCAUAAGAGAGUUCCAUGAGCAAUCAAAGGAGGUGAAGAAAGAGUGGUAUUCUCGUGACCCUAAGGUGAGAGUAAGGUAUUUCUGCAAUGGAGAUCUCCUUGUGGCAAAAGUAGCAAACUGGAGGGACACCAUAAUGUUUCAUUUUCAAGAGGGUCCUCUCGGCCCUGAGGCAUAUCCACUAGUAUGCAGGGAAGCCGUGAUUCAAUACAUGGAGCACAUGUUCAAACUGAGGGAGAUAUUGUCACAAUUACUUUCAGAGGCAUUGGGGCUCAAGAGGGACUAUCUUAAAAACAGAGAAUGCAUGAAAGGUGAAACAGUGGUGUGCCACUAUUACCCACCUUGUCCAGAGCCAGAUUUGACACUUGGUGCCACUAAGCAUUCAGACCCAUCAUGCCUAACAAUUCUUCUUCAAGAUACCAUGGGUGGUCUCCAAGUUUUCCAUGAAAAUCAAUGGGUUCACAUUAAGCCCAUGCCUGGAGCAUUAGUGGCCAACAUUGGUGACUUCAUGCAGCUUAUCAGUAAUGACAAGCUCAAGAGUGUUGAGCAUCGAGUACUGGUUGGACGAGUUGGGCCUAGGGUAUCAGCUGCAUGCCAUGUAUAUCCUAACACAAGUUAUAAAUAUGGGCCAAUAGAGGAGUUCAUAUCCAACGAAAACCCACCCAAAUAUAGAGAGACCAACAUUGGGGAAUAUCUUGCUCAUUACAGGUCCAAAGGGCUCGAUGGCUCCAAAGCCCUUCAUUAUUUUAGGUUAUAACCAACACAUUGAUCAUGUUCGAAAAAAAAAGAAAAGAUGCUGGUCAUGAUGUGUAUAAUAAGGUGCCAACACAACUUUUACACCCUCCUUUCGUGGUUGGUAACUUCAUGCAUAAUGGCUAUGUUUGUAGGUACAUGCUUGUUGUAUUGUACUCAUCAAUGGUAACAAUCCCAUGUGGGUAGUAACAAUUCUUGGAACAUACCAACAUGACAAGUAAUUUAUUUUAUGAAAAUCAAGUAUCUUAUCACA